ACACAGCAUAUUACAGGUUUUUGGAAAUUUUGGUUGAAAUAAAAAGUGCCCUGCCCUUCAAAUAUAACAUUUUUGGAUUGGUUAGUUAUAUCUUACAUGUUGUCGAGAUUGAACAAAUACAGGAAACCUAUUUUGACUCUAUAUAAAAAUUGUCAGCAUUCUUAUGUGGAACGAAAUUUCAACAAUAAGGGAGCGUGCCUCGUAUGGUGGACUUUUUUUUUAAACUUAUUUUUAAAAACGAACACACACAUAUAAGGAUCUCAGUGAAACUUCAUGUUUCUUUGAAGAGAUCUAAUUUUACUUAACUCUAAGGCGUACAUCUUUCAAGGAUAUUAUGGCUAGCAUCUUACAAAUGCUAAAACCAUCAGACCUUAGAAAGAGUACUAUAUGUUCCGUGAUCGGGAUUUGAUCUCAUGGACUCUGGCUUAGAAGACUGGAACGCUAUCCUCUAGGCCAUGACCGGACUUGACAAACCGCUGGAGCUCACAUAGGGUAACGGACUUAUUUUGGACCGGGUACAUAUUUUGGACCACCUUCUAGCUUUUUCCAAUAUUUCCCUCAUAAAACAUUUUAAUCAUGAUUUUUUUUAACAAAUAUAGUUGAAGCUACUUCUUAUGAUUCUAAUCGUGUCUAACAUUCAAUUUAAAUAAGAUGAUAAGGGAGAGAAAAUUGAAAAUAAAGUUUUGAUUUUUCACAGUUGAGCCGAACCAAGCCUAUUUUGGGAGGACGUGCCAUUAUUGAAGUCAACUUUGAAGAAGUUUUCUGCCUAGCUGUGAUGAAUUUAACAAUAACAAACAUGUUCAAAGCUAUUAAAAAACACUUGAAAACUAGUUUGCAAGCUUGAAGAACCAAAAAAAAAAAAAAAUGUUUUGAUACCAAAUUUACCCAUGUCGAAAAUAGGUCCUACUAAAUUCCUUAGGGUCUUAUUUUGGACCACUCAACAUAAUCUGGGUAUUAUACUUGCUGUUAAAUGUUCAUGAAUGUAAUAAGACGUUGAACAACGAUGUGAAAAGAAUUUUGAACACUUUUUCAAACGCUUACUAAAAAUAAAAUUUGGCAUUAUUUUUUACAAUUAACUUGCCCAAACCCGCCUUUAUACGGGGUUUAUUUCAAUCGGCAUAAAACCAAGCCAAUGAUUUUUCUUUAACUUACUUUUCGAACUUGAAACCUUGUUGAUCUAACAAUCCACAUUAAUCGCAACUAUUCGAUAAGCAUUUGUCAAAAGCAACAGCUUAGAGAAGCUUAAAAAUAUGAAAAAAGUGAACAUGCACGAAUUUUUAAUUAAGUCAUUAUUUUUAAUGCUUCAUAAUAAAUGAUUGACAGUUCAGUCUAAAGGUUACAACCAUUUGAUUACAACCGAUGAUUUACGAGAAGAAAAAUAUACUUGGUUAGAUAGAAAGACGAAAUAUAAACCCCGUCUAAAAGAGGGGGAAAACCGAGGAAAAACCAACAAUAAAUCGGCAAAUAUGUUACGAGUUUAAUUUUUGAUACAGUUUCAACAAACAAGCGUACCUCAAUAGAGGCUGGGGAAAAGUUGAAAAAAGUUAGUUCAGGAACAAAUUAACGUGAACGAAUCAAACUUGUCUACAAGAAUGACAAAGGAAAAGAAUUCCUGCAUUAUUCGCAUAAUUGCGCAUCAACCGCUGUUGUAAAUAUAGCAAAAUUUAGAUUUAGUUUAAGGGUGGUCCAAAAUAGAUCCAAAGGGUGGUCCAAAAUAGAGACCCAGUGGUCCAAAAUAUCGACCAGAGUAAUGAUCGAAAAUAUGAGUUUUAGGCUUAAAUCUCGUUAUAUUGUAACAAAUGACGAUACGUUCCGAUAGAAAAAGUCUCGAUCUUUGUAAUGAACGGAUAAAGCAGCCAAAAAUUGUAACAUGUACUUUUUUAAUUCAGAAAAUAGCAUAGCCACUUCCCAAAGCGGUCCAAAAUUGGUCCGUUACCCUAAUUGGUUCAAGGUAAAAUUUUUCCAAAACAAAAGGUGUGAUUGGCCAUUAUUAAUAUACCAUUCCAUUUGAGUAAAAAAAAAUUAUUCUGUUCAGUUGAUUUUAAAUUAUCGUUAUUUUAAUUUGUAUUCGAACUUAUUGAACACCCCGUAUACAUGUGUAUACAUAUCAUUACGAGUUCAAUGAUUUCAGGUGGAUAUGAAUAGUCAACAAAGCUAAGCUCCCGACAGUGCGAAAAAAGGGUAAUUUGCAAGCAUGUUUUGAACCGCUUAAAACACUAAUAUGUAUAAUGAAAGAAUAUCACUAAUUCCAAUGGUAAAUAUUAUAACACAAGUCCUAAUCUGCACGAAGACUGAGAUGAAAAAAGCAAUACCUCCAUAGCUAUUGCGAUUCUUUCUCAUGGUGUCCGUCUUACCCGACUAUCCCCUUUCAAAAAAAUUUGACAACAAGCUUGCGAAUUUGUGAGUAGAGUAUUUAAAGUAAAGUAGUAUUUAAAAGUUCAACGAUUUGUUUCUGAAUUCGAGAGUGUGUGUUAAAGUAUAUUUUUUGAGAAACACUGCAACAGUCGUAACAGCGCAUCCUUCGAAUACGCAUCGAAUGAACUCUUCACCAUUCAAUUUUGUGCCGUUUGUUGAUGUUCAUCCUGGGUUGGUUUGAAGGAAAAAGGGGAAAAUUGAGAGUCGCCGAAAAAAGAGAGAAGAGCAUUCAAAUCUCUUCUCUGUUACGGUUCCUUCAUUCUUGAAUCAAAACCUUCUACUCUACGAUACGAAGGAAACCGCUAUCGAAGAGCGAAGUUUGCUAUGCUGUGUGUAGGAGAGGCGGAGGAUUGAUUGAAGCAAUGAUUCAAGAAUUCUCUCGCGAGAGAGUUUUUGGGUCCUACGUUAUUUCUAGUUCUGGUUUCUGGUGGCAGGACGACAGGUCCGUCCCGAUUCUCGAUAGGACCAUUCAAGCCAGCAAGCAAGCAGCAGCUCGAAUCGUCCGUGUGUGCUGCUAUUCCAUUCACUUGAUCGCCCAACGUCGAGGCGUACGUACGUACCGAUUCCGAAGAAAGUGCUUCGCUUCCUAUUAGAAGGACCAUACACGCGAUUUGUGAGAACCACAACCGGCGCUUGCAUAGUUACCUAUACCUAGUGUGUGAGUUACAGUGCAGAACAUUUGCGUUGAUUUGUUUCUUUUUUUCCUUUCGUUGCUUCGAUUGCGGUUGAAUAUUCCGGUGUAACGUGUUCGAAUCCGAUUCGAUUUCGAUCGAGGGUGGGUGGUGCCUUUCGGUUCGCCGAUCAUCAAUCAACAAUGCCCGAAAAAAAAAACGGAAGCACGUAACAGCGCCAGCUCAGCCUGUUCAGCUACAUAACAUCGGAUCGAAAUCCAUGUGACGGUACCGAUUUGCCGGUGCGACUGAUAAUAAGUGGGGAAGGUCCUGAAACCCCUAAACUCGAAUCAAACGAUAGCAGCAGCAACCCAAUUAGAGUGGUGUAAUCUAACGUGUGGUGUUUGUGUGUAUGUUCGGAGAUUGUGGGUUCCCGAAGACAAAAGCUUCCGUCCGUCCGUGUGUGUUUCGUCUUUCGCUAUUUUGUGAAUGGCGAGUGAGCAACUGAAGCGAGGAUUCGAUUAAUGAAAAGGAUCUAACGGACGAACGAACGAGUAAUUUAGUUCCUGCAGCCGCAGUCAGGUGUGUUUCAUUCCGUGUCCUGACUGACUGACUGGAAUUUCCUCUUCCAUUCACGGAAGUUACUCGAAUGCGGUAAAGUGGAUUAGUGUGGCUAAUGACAUAGAGAAGAGUGUGUGCGGAAAGUAAUCUAACCGGAGUGCUUAGUGAAGCUUAAACGGAUUAAAGUGUACCCUUCCUGGGAACGUGAGGUGCCCCAAAAAUUGGCCGGAAGGUGGUGAUUCACCUGACAGUUAAAAUUCGGAUGCAAUAGCAAGCAGUUGGUGCCAUCCCAGCAUGACAAUGUCGCAAAUCCUGAAGCAAACCAAGAAAUGUUGUGUAAAGAUUAUCCGGAAAUUCUCCUUCCAACCGGGCAGCAGCAGCGGCAGCGGUUCCACAUCCUCCCCGUCCUGUUCGACUGCGGUGACGGCAAAGUCGAGUAAGGGAAGCGGGCCGACGUCAGGUCGGUCGAUAUUGCUAAACAACCGAGCGACGAGCAAGUACCAGCUGCACCGGAACUGCACCCCGACCCGGUGCAAAGUGCAACCCAGUUCACCGGAACGGUUCGGAAGUGGUGUCGGAGAAAGUUGGACCAGUGGAGUUGAGGAGGAACCUUCGGUGCGGAGACGACUGGAACCGACGAGUGCGGUCAACGAGUCGACGAUACCGGCCACCCAGAACAACUACCGGGUGACCCGGGAUGGGAAGAAUUUGCCGAGGAAAAGGACAAACAUCAGCAGCAACAAGAAUGUGAAUCUGAAAAAGUGCUUCCGGUUGAGGGGUGGUCCCGGCGGAGGGUUUAAGGAUAUGGUGGCAGAUGGUGCCGGGAUGAAUAAUAGCAGCGUCGUGACGUCUAAAUUGGAUAAGAUCAGCAAGACGCUUUAUCACGUAGCCGGAGGAAGUGGGGUUGUAGAGACGAGUGAUGGUAAGCUAUGCGGAGGAAGUGUUGUUAAUACCAAUAAUCUGGCCUCGCAGACGUCGGAGAAGAGUAAAAUCUCGAAGCCGCUGUUUUUGAGUGGCAAGCAUAAAAAGUAUAAUCAAAUCGAGACGCAAUUUGGUCCUGGGGAGGAGGAGGACGACGAAGAUGACGAGUUUAUGGCAUGCGAAUUCGAUGGUUUCCGGUCGCAUUCUUCACACCAGGAAAGUGGUGGCCGGUUACAGUUCGAGUUGAGUCAACCGAUGCCAGAGGUUCAAACGACCCCUCGGAUGGAACGACGUUCGAUUAAUCUGGAAGAGAUUGUCUUCGAGAAGGUGAAAUUCGAUCGGAACAAGCGUUACCUAAGAAAUGAAACCAGUUCUCCGUCCACGGCUAGCAACCGAUCUCAGAACGGUUCCUACGUAGCGUCCCACUCCGCAGACAGUAUUCUAUCCUUCAGCUUCGAGUACAAUUCCGACCAUCCGCUGGCUCAGGUGGUGACGAGCAAAAGCGAAGAUUUUAUCGACCCUUGGCGAAAUUACAACCUCAACAACCGGCUGAACAAGGUCUCAAAGAACCCCUGGGACUCGUACCCGCAAAAGUGCGAAUCCCCAACCAACACACUUCCGUCCCCACUGCAGAGGCCUUCCUGGAACCCCUUCAUCGACGAGAUGGCCUCCAGUCCAACGUCCAGCCCUGUGAAUCAGCCGCAACAGCAAAACAAAACAUAUCCCCCGCCCUACCAGGUCCGGACCGACAUCUGGCAGAACCUGAACAACAAAAACUACGAAAUCGACUCGGACGUCAUCUGGCGGACGUCCAACUCGUCCCGGCGCACCUCGGCCAGCACCGUCGAGACGUGGAUCGAGGACGAGGUGUUCGACAACAGCUUCAACGAGGAGCUGGAACGGCGCUGUGCCACCCUCAAGAUCUAACACCCGGCGGAAGCGGAUGAUUAGAAUCAUCGGAAUCAGUAGUCAGAAACCUAGAGACAGAUGAGAGAGAGAGAGCAAUACCUUGUGUCUUUUCCGCCUUCGUCGCAGAAAAGAUCAGCAAUGUGAGCUUUAAGUGAAAAAAAAAUCAACCUUUAAAGUUUAGGAAGUACUUAACUUAUUUCUUCGCCACGACAAUGCUAGUUCUCAACUUCGCCUAAACGUUUACUGUAAAAGGAAAAGCAUGUGAUAUUAUUAAUUAUUUAUACUUAACGAUUAGCAAUAAUUCGAGAAAGAAAACACAAUCAAUCAUUCGAUAACUUUAAGUUAAGCGCGACAGCUUUAGGUAGCACUCCUGAUUUGUGUUUUGUGCUGUUUAGUUUUUUUUUCUUGUGAUUUUUUAUUUUCUGUUGAUUGAACUGAUGAUCUCAUUUUAGUUUUUUUUAAAUAAUAUUGUGACUACCCUUAAAAACGGAAAGUUUAGCCUUUAAGUACCUACCUACUUAAGUCUAUCGAGAAAGUACGUACAAUUUUGCUUUAAUAUAUGGUAACAAAAAACAAGACAAAAAAACUCCAACAGCGAGAGGAAUCCAAACACUUGCGGGACAGUUUCUUCUCUCUACCAUACAUUAGUACCUUGACAACAUUAUUAUAUACAUUCUUGAACUAACAAAAAAUUUAGCAAAAAAAAAGUAAUAUAAACAGCAGAGAAAGUAGAACAAAAUUUUUCGAAAUCAAAUCUUACAAAGCAGAAAAGCAAAAUUAUUGAAAAAGGUAGUGUUUUUGAGAGCGAACAUGUUAACAACAAACAAAAGAGAAUAAAAAAAAACGUCUUGAUUUUGAUAUUCCACCACUUUUCAACUCCUUUGAAAAUUAGAGAGAAAUAUAACAAAAAUCUGUAAAGAGCAAUGUAAGAUAAAAAAAAACAUAAAACAGCCCCAGUUAGAGAAAGAAAAACGUUUGAGAAAAAUAAGCUUUACGCAAGAAAGAAUAUAUAAAAAAUGCAAACAAUCAAGUCAAAGUUAGUUAAGAAGAUGUAUUCACACCAGUGUGACAAGAAUGAUGUUAAAAGGACAGGAGAAAACGUUCAACCGGCAAGAAGAAGGGAGAGAGAUAAACAAAAAAUCUAUAUAAUAAAACAAACACAAGAAUU